GACAAGACGGCUCCGCCCUUUUCAACAUGGCGCUGCACUCAAUGCGGAAAGCGCGUGAGUGCUGGAACUUCAUCCGGGCACUUCAUCAAGGACCCGACGCUGCUCCCGUUCCCCAGAAAGAUGCUGUGAAGCGAAUAUUCUCGGGCAUUCAGCCUACAGGAAUCCCCCACCUCGGCAACUAUCUGGGAGCCAUUGAGAGCUGGGUGAGGUUACAGGAUGAGCAUGACUCCGUGAUGUAUAGUAUUGUUGACCUGCAUUCCGUCACUGUCCCCCGAGACCCAGCCAUCCUCCGGCAGAGCAUCUUGGACAUGACUGCUGCUCUUCUCGCUUGUGGCAUAAACCCAGAGAAGAGCAUCCUUUUCCAGCAAUCUCAGGUGUCUGAGCACACACAAUUAAGUUGGAUCCUUACCUGCAUGGUCAGAUUACCUCGAUUACAACAUUUACACCAGUGGAAGGCAAAGACUGCCAAGGAGAAGCAGAAUGGAACCGUGGGGCUGCUCACAUACCCGGUGCUCCAGGCAGCUGACAUUCUGUUGUACAAGUCCACACACGUUCCUGUUGGGGAGGAUCAAGUCCAGCACAUGGAGCUAGUUCAGGAUCUAGCACAGAGUUUUAACAAGAAGUAUGGGGAGUUCUUCCCAGUACCCAAGUCCAUUCUGACAUCAAUGAAGAAGGUAAAGUCCCUGCGUGAUCCCUCUGCCAAAAUGUCAAAAUCAGACCCCGAUAAACUGGCCACUGUCAGAAUAACCGACAGCCCGGAGGAGAUAGUGCAGAAGUUCCGCAAGGCUAUGACGGACUUCACCUCGGAGGUCACCUACGAGCCCGCCAGCCGAGGGGGCGUGUCCAACCUGGUGGCCAUUCACGCAGCGGUGACCGGGCUCCCCGUGGAGGAGGUGGUCCGCCGCAGUGCUGGGAUGGACACUGCUCGUUACAAGCUGGUGGUGGCAGAUGCUGUGAUUGAGAAAUUUGCUCCAAUUAAGAGUGAGAUUGAAAAACUGAAGAUGAACAAGGACCACUUAGAGAAAGUUUUGCAAGUUGGGUCGGCAAAAGCCAAAGAAUUAGCAUAUCCCGUGUGCCAGGAGGUGAUGAAAUUGGUGGGCUUUCUAUAAGAAGUUUCAGUGAGUCCCCAAAAGACUUUUCUAUCUUGUGGUCUGUGCACUCCGAUAAAAGCAGCUUUUCUCACAAGCAAACAAUUAGAGUUUAGGGACACAUAAUUUGGUACAUCUGAUCAUUGGUUUCAUUUGAUGAAUAAUGAUUUGUAGGUUUCAAAUAAAGCAGUGUUCCGAAUCCCAAAUUCUCUAGCAAAAAAAAAAAAGCCCAGAAGGCAUAACUAUCUGAAUCCUCAAUUACUUGAUGCAUGCUCAUUGCCUUAAUUUAUUCACACAAAUGUGAUUGAGGUAAGUAGUAGUUAAUUUGCCAAUGAGUGUUUCAUUUUUUUGUCUCUCUCUGGAGUCCUUACCAUCACAGGUGCUCCCUUUAUCUAUCCCAACCUUUUUAAAAAGUAAUGUGUAGAAGUCUUAGACUUAUAAUCCUUGGAAUGCCAUUUGGACCAAUUUGUGUUCAGAUCUCAUAUCAGAGCUCAUAAAAAUAAGUCAUUUGUCACUGAGAUGAUCCCUGCUUUAUUGUAUUUAAUCUGCUUAUUUCCCAAGAGACCACACUGAUUUUUUUCUAGAAAGUAUUAUUAUUAUAUUUUUUAUUCAGAGAUACAUGAUAUAACCUUCUGAGAAGGUUGAACUAUUUCAACUUGAUUUAUUUAUUGUACUAAAGCCCAGGUCCAUGGAUUAUGUUCUUAAUAUGUAUUGCCUUGCAUUUGUCCCUCAGUUUAAUGUCAUCAACCCAUCAUGAAAUCUAUAGGAGAGGAACUGCCAUUUUAUAUCUGAGGAACAUGAGGCUCAAAGAGUACUGUUAGCUUGUACAGUAUCUCUCCAUGCGUAAGAAGCAAAUCCAAGAUCAAAACCUUUACUCCUUAUUCCUAAGUAGUGCUUUUUACAUCAGCACGUGGAGAGGCAGCAUGUCUGAGACCGCAAGCAUUCUUAUUUUGAAGAUGAGUACUAGAAAUAUAGGACUCCCCAGGUGGCCCAGUGGUAAAGAACCCUCUUGCCUAGGAAAUCCCAUGGACAAAGGGACAUGGUGGGCUACAGUCGUUGGGGUCAAAAAAGAGCUGGACACAAACUUAGCGAAUAAACAACAACAACUGGAAAUGUAAGACCUGAACUACUGACACUGUUUAUAUCAGCAAAUCAACUAAUAGCUGCUAGAUGUAAAUCUGGAUUCAGCCAAACUUGAUCACAUUUGCUACUCAGAAUCCCCAAGGCAGGUCCCAAGUUUUGGCUCCUUAUGCUUACCUCAGAAACACUUCAAAGUACAUUCUGCCUGACUAUAAGAGUAGUUGGCCUGAGAAUACCCUGGCAGUCCAGUGGUUGACUCCAAGCUUUCACUGCAGGGGUCACGGUUCGAUCCCUGGUUGGGGAACUAAGAUCCCACGUGCUAUGUGGCACAAUCAAAAAAAAAGUAGUUGGCCCGAUGAGUUGGAUUUCCCCAUUGAGUGGAAGCUUCUCAUCUCACAUCUGCUUCAGUCUAAGUAGUAGCAAGUCGCUCUAAAACCUAGCUUCUCUGCACUUCCCUUUCCCACAUCUGAAAAUGGAAAUGAUAAUUGUGCUUCACCACACCAGGGCCUGAUUGAUUUUGUAACAGAAAUUGCUUAUAAGUUUUUUGUCAGUGAGUACCAUGUUCACCAUUUACACAUGAGAGAUGAGCAUGCUGGGCAAAGAAUUUUUACUCGCAUUUCUUAAAGAGAAGGAAAUAGAGUGGUCCUUUUAUCAGAGUAGAUGUUAAUACACCUAACACUGCCUCCCAGAAUCUGAAUUAAAAGAUCCUUUUUGCAUCUUUUCUUGAAAAGGGGUGUCUAGAGUCUUAGAGCCUCCUGGCAUAUUUAUCCAAGGCUCUUUUUUUUUGCCUUUAAAAGAAAUCCUAGUAUGAAUCCUGAAAAAUGACUAAAUUAAAGGUGGAUCUGUCAGAC